CUACGGUCCGGUUAUUUAAAAAUUGAAACGAUCUUACGCGACGCGAAAAUACGAUAAAGUGAUUAAAUAUAUCAAAAGGCGACAGAGCAUAAUUUAAAAUCUACAUAAUUUAAUAAAAUUUUAUUAGAUAGUUUUGUUUUUGUAUACAAAAUUAUUGAUCAUAGUUAGACAUACUAUUUACUCAUUUGCUACCAAUUUUGGAGGGAGAUCAGAAAACUAAAUAAUUGUAUCAUUUUCUUCAAACGUAGAUUCGGUGAAGCCUCAGCGAAGGUGCGACGCGCAGGCGGCAUGCGGAGCGCGCGGUAGCGGCAGCAUGGCCGCGCCGCUCUUACUGGCGGCGCUUGCGCUCACUGCGACGCCGGCGCUAUCGCAAGCUAUUCAAGAUAGUCGUUGCUAUUUGAUGAACGGUGGAGCGGUCGAAAGCUUCUUCAUAAGUGAGGAUACACCCGUCGGCAGCAUUAUAGGAACACUCAGUGUAAAUGGAGAUCCGAACGAAUUAAACGGUGAUAUUUCAUUGCGAAUACAAGAGAAGAACGCUCCCGUAGCUCUGGCCUCCGGUACCAAGAAUCUUACGCUACUUCGGCUCCUGGACCGCGAGGAGCGCCUCGGACCGUCCAGCGUCUACGUCAACGUGCGCUGCGAUAGACGACAUACGGCAGAUCCGAGUUUCGUGAUCCCGGUGUCGGUGCGCGUGUGGGACGUGAACGACAACGCGCCGGCGUGGCGCGGCGCGCCGUUCCGCGCGCGCGUGUCGGAGCUCGCGGCCGCGGGCGCGCGCGUGCUGGGCGCGCCCGCCGCCGACCCCGACCAGCCCGGCCCGCACGCCGCCGUGCGCUACUCCGUGCUGCCCGGCCCGGCCAGCGAGUACGUCGGCUUCCUGAGCGAGCUGGACAGUACGAUAGUGGUGAAGCGGCCGCUGGACUACGAGACGCUCCGCAACUUCACGGUGCGGCUGCGCGCGCAGGACGGGGGUACCCCCCCGCGACACAACGACACCACGCUCGUCGUGGAGGUGCUCGACGCCGACGACCAGAACCCCAAGUUCACCGCCGACCACUACUCCGCCACCGUGCCCGACGACGCGCAGGACGGCACGAUUCUCGAAACGUCCCCCGGGCCGAUAUCGGCCGCAGACCAGGACAUCGGCAUCAACGCGCCCGUCUACUACAGCGUCAGCGGGGAGGGCGCCGACCUGGUCACGCUGCACCGCGACAGCGGAGCGCUGGCCGCCACCGCCAGCCUGCUGCGGACCCGCACGCCCGCCACCGUCGUCAUCAAGGCGACGCAGGUGGACAACCCGGACCGCUACGCGCUGGCCACGGUGUCGCUGCGGCGCGGCGCGGGCGGCGGCGGCGGCGUGCGCUUCUCGCGGCGCGCCUUCAGCGUCAGCGUGCCCGAGGACGCGCCGCCCGGCAGCGUGCUCGCCGCGCUCUCCACGCGCGCCGCCGACCAGGCGAGUGCCGCGCCGGCCGUCCCCCUGCAGUUCUACGUGUCCGAGCGAAGCUUCCUGGAAAAGUUCGCGAUCAACGGCGCCGGGGAGGUGCUGCUGCGGAAGCCGCUCGACUACGAGGUCGAGGACUCGUACCACUACCAGGUCAUGGUGACGGACGGCGAGACGAACGACACGGCGGCCGUGGACAUCCGCGUGCAGAACGUGAACGAGUGGGAGCCGCGCUUCCGGCACGCGCAGUACGAGUUCGUGGCGCGCGGGGCGGGCGCGCGCCUGGGCCGCCUCGAGGUGCACGACGGCGACCGCGGCGACGCCGUGCGCCUGGCGCUGGCCGGGCCCGGCGCCGAGGCGCUGGAGGUGAGUCCGUCGGGCGAUGUGUUCCUGCGCGAGGGCGCGCUGGCCACUCUGAACUCCACGUCGCUGCACGUCGUCGCCACGGCGCAGGACUCGGGCUCGCCGCCGCGACAGACGUCGGUGCCGGUGGUGGUGCGCGUGCCGGAGGCGCUGCUGGGCGCGCACGUGUGGCGCGCGCACGCGUCCCCGCUCUUCGCGGCCUUCGCGUGCGCGCUGGCGCUGCUGGCGCUACUGCUGCUGGCGCUGCUGGUCUACCUUUGCCGGCUCAAGCGCAGAAGACAGGUUAAGGAUACGAGUACGGUGAAGCCGACGACCCCGGAGAAGCCCGCCGCGCUGAGCGUGGCCAGCGGCGGCUCCCUGCAGAGCGUGUCGGCCGGCGCCAGCAGCAUCCUGGCCGCCUCCAGCACCAGCUUGGAGCUGCCCGCCGACGGCCCGGCGCGGCAGUCGCGCGGCGCGGCGGGCGGCGCGGCGGGCGGCGGCGCGCUCAGCGACCACCUGCAGGGCGGCGCGGGGCGCUCGGGCGUGGCGUGGCCCAGCGCCACCAUCCCCGCGCGCGUCAAGCACCUCAGCUGGGACGACGGCGCACAGGCGGCCGAAGACCGUCGCGAGGUGACGGAGACCACUAACUCCGCGAUGGCCGAACACAUGAAUCUCACCGUUUACUUCUGA